AGCGCACGCCAAGACAGCAGAGACCAACAACACCGUGCAGUCGCUAACCGCCCGCGCGGGUCAAUUUCGCGGGUCGAUUCAUCCAACGCCUGGAGGCGGGGAUUGCGCACAAGUUUCGCUGACUGUCUACUAUCUACAGUACAUAUUCAUUUCUCACGCAACAAAAGGUGUCAGGUACAUUGGUCAUGCUGUUAAUUCAAAGAAUUCAUCUUAUAGAUGCUUCAUAAUGGACCUUUCACCUCUUUGGACGACUUUGUACGUCCUGGCAGGCAUCCUGGGAUCGUACAUUGCCUUUGUUGCCCUCCUCACGAUACCCGCCUGUCAAAAUCAGGUCAUCUACCUCAACGCCGUCACGCUUACAUGGUUCAAGAAUGUGUCAAUUCCUGAACAAUGGGGGUUCCUUCACAACCAAGUGACCCCCUUCACUCUGAAAACUCCAGAUGGCGAAACCCUGCAUGCUUGGCACAUCUUGCCGCUGGGUCUUUAUGAGCAACAUGAGCAUGAACUCGUCAAGGAGCCCGAGGGAAUCGCUCCAGAUAUCACCAACCGUCUAUCCUUCCAACUACUGCGCGAUGACCCUGAGGCUCUGCUAGUGCUCUACUUCCACGGCGCAGCCGGCACUCUCGCCUCGGGCUUCCGCCCACCCUGCUACCGAGCCAUCUCGGCCUCGUCGCCCUACAAGAUCCACGUCGUCGCCAUUGACUAUCGAGGGUUCGGCUCCAGUAGUGGAGCCCCCUCAGAAGCAGGCUUGCUCACCGAUGCCUUGACGCUGGCCUCUUGGGCUGCAGACACGGCCGGCAUGCCGCCGUCACGGAUUGUCCUGUUUGGCCAGUCGCUGGGCACCGGCGUGGCCAUCUCCCUAGCCCACCACCUAGCGCUGAGGCCGACGGAGCCCAUAUUUUUCAGGGGCAUGGUUCUGGUCGCCCCCUUUGCGGACGUCGAGCUCCUGACGGCCACGUACCGCGUAGCGGGCACGAUCCCGCUCCUCAGCCCAGUGGCGCGCUUCCCGCGGCUGCUGGCGCUGCUGAACAGAUUCAUCAAGUCCAAAUGGCGAAGCAGAGAGAAGCUCGCAGCCCUCAUCAGGACGGCCGAGGAGGAACGUGGCGGGGCGGGGCGGCGGUAUCACGUUGAUAUAAUGCACGCCGAGGACGACUACGACAUACCAUGGUCGCACAGCGAGCACCUCUACCACGCGGCCGUGGAUGCGGCCAGGGCCGGGGGCGGCGGCGUCUCUUUCGAGGAGCUGGAUAGGGAGAAGGGCGCGACCAGGAGGGCUUUGGGCGCGGGCGGGUGGGUGGCUUGUCACGAGACGGCGAGGGGCGUGGUGAGGGAGCACAUACUCAAGCAUGGGCUGCACGACGUCAUCAUGUCGUUUCCAGUGAUUGGGCUGGCUAUUGCGAGGGCAUUUCGGGGUGCUUGAAAGCGGUUUGUCGCAGCUCAACUGCAUUUUAUACACUUGGGGGCAGAGUAAUUCGGAACUGCUACCCGAGAUCCUACCCGAGACCCAGACUCAAAGGGUCGGGCGGGUGCCGAUAGGAGGAGGACCGCGUGUAGAGAAUAUACAAGUAUGUCACCGACAACCGACAGGUAGCAUUGCAUAAUUAAAGCCAAU